AUGACCGUUACCACGGUCGAUAUUCCCAGAACCCACACGGCCAUCCUACAGCAUACCGGUGGUGUUCUUCGGGUUACCCAUGACGUGCCCGUUCCCCAGCUACAGCCAGGGUGGCUGCUAGUGCACAACCUUUGCGUGGCCCUGAACCCCUGCGACUUCAAGAUGGCGGCCCGCUUCCCGACACCGGGACUGCAGGAUGGCGUCGACUUUUCCGGCAUCAUAGCGGCCGUGGGUCCGGCCGGUGACGCAGGACUCGAAUUUGCGGUCGGAGAUCGCGUCUUCGGGUGCGUGCCGAGCAACAAGCAGGACGACCCCGAGUCGGGCUCUUUCGGCCAGUACAUCAAGGUUGAGGCGGUAUACGCUCUCCGAAUACCGCCUACAAUGGCAUUCGAGACGGCCAUGGCCCUGAGUCCGGCUUGCAUCAGCACUGUGGCCCUAGCCCUGCACCAAUACUUCGGGCUGCCGGCAACGCCUGACGAGGUAGUGGGCCAGGGAGAGAAGCGGCCGGCCGACACAAUACUGGUCUAUGGUGGCAGCUCCUCGGUCGGCCUGGUGGCCAUUCAAAUGUUGAAACUGUGCGGCCAUCGGGUGGUGACGACGUGCUCGGCCCACAACUUCGAGCUGGUGCGCCGGUACGGCGCCGAUGCCGUCUUUGAUUACCACUCGCCCACGUGCGCGGCCGACAUCCGCGAGUACACCAAGAACCGGUUGAAGCGAGUCCUCGAUCCUUUUGGUGAGUCGGCCACCUUGGCCUUGUGUCAUGAAACUAUUGGCCGCGGUGGUGGCACGUAUUGCUCCCUCGAGCAGUACCGCAAGUCGCUCUGCAAGCGGCGCACCGUCCGCCACCACUUAGUCAUGGGCCCGGCCAUCAUAGGCAGGGGCGUGCUUCUCCCGGAACCAUAUGGUGUGCCUCCCGACCCCGAGCUACACGAGUGGUCCAAGCGCUUCUACCGCAGCCUGCAGAAGCUGGUGGACGAGGAGAAGCUGAAGCCGCUGCCGAUGCAGGUACUGCAGCCACCAGGCUUCGACAACGUACUGCGCGGAUUGGAACUGCUCAAAGCGAAUAAAGUGUCGGGGAAGAAGCUAAUUGUGCCUUUGGCCUGA